GUCAAUGAUGUCGGCAGUCGCCGAGAAAAUUGCCAAGUGGGACAGGCCCGAAACUCCUCCCACAUGGUUGACCUGAGGCCAAUUUGAUCAACAUGGGCAAUUAACAUUGAGCUAUUCAUUCAGCAAGCAUGGAAAAGCAAAGAGUUGCUCUGUCACCAUGUUAAAACUAAUAAUUUACCUUGAAUACAAUUAUUAAAAUACUUUAAAACUUUCCCUGAAGAACAAAUAAGAAUAGCUGUAGAGAAGGACAAAGCAGAGAUAGAGAUGUAUUCUGGUCCACUCAAAGGACAGUCUGUUUGCAUACCUUUUGGGAUUUGCCUUUUGAGACCCUGCUUUCUGGUGGUGAUCAUUGUUGGGCUACAUUUCAUGGCAAAACUUGCACUUCAAGAAAACUUUGUUGCAGCAGUUUCUUCUGCUUAUCUUUAUGGACCUUGGGUUCUGUGAACUUGCCAUGUUCUCCCUCUGCUCUCUCACCUAUUUGCUUCCUCUGGGCUCUGGGCAACUUCUGAUAUCAUUCGACUCCUCAUCAUGUCCAAUGUUGACUUUCACAGAUGGCAAAUCUGGAGCCACUCAAAUCGCACGGCAAAAUGGAAAUAACAUCCAAGCGCAUAGAGAUGCUUUCGUAUGGGAAAGAAAGGUUAAAGCAUCACACCAAAUGUUUUGCAGCAAAGGAGGCAGAUGAUGAAUUAAGUAAGAGUGUACAAGAUGUGGUUGCAUCUUGCACAGGUCGAACUGAAGGCAAGAGUUGCAUUGGUGACAUUGUGGGUGCCAGGUUAAGCACAAUGAACAUAUCUCAUGGUACUGAGCUCUUGUCUCAGAACAUGUCAACUAGACCACACACCAAGAUGAGCGAGAAGCUGCCAAAGACCCCGAACCUGAACAACAACACAAUAUUUCCAGCACCGACUGACGACAGUAGACCCAUCAAGAUGAGCACAUCUGAGGAUGAAGUCUUUCUUUCGAACAAUACUUUGGAGCUUCAAGGUUUGCGCCGCCGUGUCACGGUGAAGGAGCUGAUUGAGGCUGACCUCCUGAACAAAAAUGUUGCAGAGCAGCUUGAUAAAGGAAUAAAGACUGUCUCACAGGUGCAGAUGUCCCUGGGCAAGUACCUGAACCAAGCCAACUCAAUCGCUGGCCUGUACUUGGAAUCUAGCAAGCAAAAAAUCUCUUUCAAUGAAGCAGUGAAGGAAGGGAUAAUUGAAUCAUCCGUAGCCCUUGAAUUUUUGGAAGCUCAGGCAGCAACAGGCUUUCUUGUUGACACCCUGUCCCAUGGAAAGUACUCGGUUCAGGAGGCAGUUGAUAAAGGUCUAGUGGCCACAGAGUUCAAGGAGGCUCUGCUGCAAGCGGAGAAAGCAGUCACAGGUUAUUUGUAUAAUGGGAAGACCUUGUCUGUUUUCCAAGCCAUGGAGAGCAAGCUAGUCACAAGGCAAGUUGGAACACGGCUCCUCGAAGUGCAGAUCGCAACGGGAGGAAUCGUUGACCCCGGGCGCAGUGUUAGGUUGCCACUGGAGACGGCAUGCAAGCAAGGUCACCUGAGCCACGAGGUUGCGCGGACCUUGAACAAGACGCUUGGCAAAGUGAGAGGCUUUGAAAAUCCCAACACCAGGCAAGGUGUGCAUUAUGCAGAGUUGAUGAAGCUGUGUGUGGUGGAUUUAGCAGGGAAUCAUCUGCUCCUCCCUUUUGGAACACGGAAGAUUUCCACCCCAUCCCCUGACACGCCUAGCACCAUUUCAGUGGUAGACACGAACACAAAAUCAGAGAUAACUCUAUAUGAUGCUUUUCUGAAAUAUUACAUUGAGAAACAGAUCUAUCUUGAGCGUUCAGAGGUGCAGUCCCAGUGGAGAGAGACCACUGACAAAUCAGAGGGUGGCACUCGGUACUUUCUAACAGACGUGAACUCUGGAAGGAUGUUCAGCAUCGACGAUGCUUUAACCCAGGGUAAAAUCAGCCAAGUAGACCUCAAUAAAUACCGAGAUGGCCGUAUCACCGUGACCGAGCUGGCUGACAUGUUGACAAGCAGGAGCACUGUGGCCCCAAAUCCCAACAGUCCAAUUGCAGGCAUUUGGGAUCCGAAUGAAUGCCGGAGGAUUUCCGUCCUGAAAGCCAUGCAUCAGAAUUUGUUGGAUCGGCUGACAGCCACCCGGCUGCUUGAAGCGCAGGCGUGUACCGGCGGGAUAAUUAAUCCACCGACCGGGAAGCGAUACUCCAUCUCGGAUGCUUUGCAGUACGAAUUAAUGGACACGGAAAUUGCUGCCAGCAUUCAAAAAUCGCAGCAAGCCUACAGCGGCUUCCAGCAGCCUGGCUCCCAGCUCGCUUUGUCAACCUACGAAGCUCUGCGGAGGAACCUGGUGGGACGUGACUUAGGCCACCGGUUCCUGGAACUGCAGCACCUGACCGGUGGGCUGGUGGAUCCAAACUUGCAGACAAGAAUGCCCUUGGAGGACGCCCGAAGCAAUGGCCUUGUUGAUGACCAGACUGCACGGAGGCUGCAGGAUGAAAAGAUGCACGCCAGGAACUUGGUUUGUCCAAAAACCAAAGAGAAGAUCUCAUACAAAGAAGCUUUGGCCAGAGCUGUAUUUGACUGCCACACGGGAAUGAGAUUCCUGGAGGCAGCAGUGCGAUCUGACACUCUGAAGUAGUGCUUCACCACUUUAUAGCCAAUCCCGCUCCCGGAGGAUUUCCGUCCUGAAAGCCAUCCAUCCCGCUCCCUCGCCCUGUCCUUGCCAUAUUGUUUCUUUGCUUCUACAUUUUUGGGGUAAGGGAAUCUAAAACUAGAUCACAUACAUUUAAGGUGAGAGGGGAAAAAAUCUUUGGGGCGUAUAUGGAAUGUGCUGCCAGAGGAUUUGGUACAGGCAGGUACAAUGACCGCAUUUAAAAGAAACUUAGACUGGGGCAUGAAUAGGAAUGGUUUUGAAGUAUAUGGUUCCAGUGCAGGCUAGUGAGACUACCUGGGUUAAGCAAUUUGGUUAUCAUGGACAAAUUAGGUUGAAGGAUCCAUUUCCAUGCUCUCUCGCUCUUAUGACUAUUUGCACCAUCUCACCCGAUGCUUUGGCUGCUUAGGGCUUAAAUAUUUCAGACACAAAUCUUUAAUGGAAUGUUCAUCACAGUUGUUGCCUUCACCUCCUCCUUCUUCUUCAUUAGGACAUUUCCCAGGGUGUAACUUGGGUUUCAGUGCUUCAUUGAUCCAUUGUCCUUGUCCAUUCUUUGCCACUCUGACCAGGCAAUAAUUGUCAACAGAUGCGAUGACCUGAUAUGAUUAUUACUGAAACAUGAUACUGUUUUCACCAUGAUUUUGUAUCAGUGCUUGAAACUCAGCAGUGUGGACUCUGGCUGUCCGAACUUUUGUUCCGCACUGUUCCUAUCUGUGGUUUCAGAUGUCUUUUCUCAUUCUCCUAUA